GGGUUGGGCCCGAGCCCCCCCGGGCUCCCAGGCCAGGGUGGGAGCGGCUGAGGGUUCGGUUCCAGGGGGGAUUUCCUAAAGCCCAGAGAGCAAACGCUGCUGUCAGCCCUGGCACCCCUGCUCCUGCGCUAUAGUGCGCAUCAAGCUCAUUAAUGGAGCAAGAUCUGCUUCUCCCUGCAGGGGCUUAGAAGUCAUUUAAGUUCCUACUGCACCUGCCGACUUUUAGCCUGGCUUCUCCUGUUCCAGGAAUGGAAUUUAAGUUACGUUAGCAACAGAAGGUUGUAGCAGUCCAUUGUCAGCUUUUCUAGGAACGGGGUUUCCCUUAAAACCGUGCAGUGCUUGGUAGGACAUCAAACGCCACGGCUGGUCCUGUGUCUGUCCUCACAGAGGGGCUGAUAUGCAGCUGUUCAGGUGACCAGUUUAUUCAUCCUUUCUGAAACACUUCAAGAAGAGUACUCCCAAGAGGCUUCCCUCCAUCAUCAAGAUGGAAACCAACCCUGGACAUUCCUCCACAGCUGAGCUGCAGAAGCAGGGAAAGAAGCUCUCAGAUGCCUUGAGGAUCAGUGCCUACGUCUUCAGUGCAGGCCUGCUCAUGUUCACUGCCCUGAUGAAUGCUUCUUCUUGGUUAAUGCAGAAUAUAACAUUAGACAAUUUCUGGCAAACAGCAUGGUUGGAGUUCUACGACUAUAUGGAAGGAGAUGAGUGGACAAUCUUCCUUGUUGGGGCUGCAUUGGUGCCUGCACUUGCUUUCUGGGGCUUCAAUGGAAUCCUUCUGGUGGCUGAUAUAACAGGAAAGCCAACUUUCAUUACUCGCUAUCGCAUUCAGCUGGGCAAGAAUGAUCCUGUGGACAGAAAGAAACUGUGGAAAGCCAUCUACACAGCGCUGGGUAAUCAGUUCUUUGUCUCCUUCCCCAUGCUUGUGCCCAUGUUCUACAUCAUGCAAUGGUGGGAAAACACCUUCAGCAAGGAAUUGCCAACCUUCCAAUGGUUUCUUGUGGAGCUAAGCAUUUUUACUGUAAUAGAGGAAAUUCUCUUCUAUUAUACACACAGGCUUGUUCACCACCCAGUGCUGUACAAGCACAUCCACAAGAAGCACCACGAGUGGACAGCCCCCAUCGGCGUGGUCUCCAUCUAUGCUCACCCUAUAGAGCACAUAGUCUCCAACACUCUGCCUGUCAUGACUGGACCGAUGAUCAUGGGAUCUCACAUUGUUUCAGUCUCAGCAUGGUUCUCCAUUGCUCUUAUAACAACAAGCAUUUCUCACUGUGGCUACCACCUGCCCCUCCUGCCAUCUCCAGAGUUCCACGACUUCCACCACCUCAAGUUCAACCAGUGCUACGGAGUGCUGGGAGUGCUGGAUUUCCUGCAUGGCACAGACAAAAUGUUCAGACAGACCAAAGCCUUCGAGAGACACAGAAUCCUGCUCAGCCUCACACCACUCUCUGAAAGCAUCCCAGACCCACCCAAGAAAGAGGAGUGAACCAGCCCAGCAGCUCUUGGCCAGCCUGGUGAUGAGCAGAGUGAGAGACAAUGAUUUAUGCCAAUUAGUAUUUUAAUCAGGAAACAAAUUCUUGUCCACACAUAACGGAUGAAGCUGAAGUUAAAUAUGCUGCUUGGAAACGACUGCACUUUUGCUGACAUUGUUUUCUAUAUAAGACACUUAUAAAAAAACCUGCUCUAGAAAUCUAUUUGUAAAAUUUAAUUGUUUAUCUGUUACUUGCACUGUCCCCUGGUUCCAUCUGCCUGUGUAUGAGGCAGGUGUGUUCUGGGCCACAUGGCUCAGGGUUCCCACUGGUCAGCCCAUUGUCCCACAGCCCUACCUGUGGAACCAAAGCCACUUCCUCUGCUCCUCUCCAGUCCCCAACUACACCAGGAUGAACCCAGCCCAGUUACCUGAGAGGGCAAGUCAGCAGAACAGAAAACCCAGGCACCACUGUCUUUUGAACUUUUUAUUUUUAUACAUUUUUUUUUGUAUUAAAAAGGAAAAAGCAUAAUUACCACAAAUUACAAAGGACUAAAGCAUUACUAGAAUAAUGAAUCACAUCAGCCUAGAAAGCAGAUACUCUGAAUAAUAUUAAUGUUAUAAUACAAGCUCUCAUUCAAGUAUUUUACAUUUUUCUCUGUUCCUUUUAUACGUGAUGAUGAUCCUAGCACAUGGGUCAAAGAUUAUGUACUAUCGACAGAGAUGGAUCAUGUACAGCAGGCCGUAGUAACAAGAUUUUCCUCCCAGGUGAUACAUGGUCUGUGAUGAGUCAUUUUAAGUUUGUCUCUACUAUAAAUGCAGCUGAAGAAGGUUGCACACACUCUCUAGUUUUGGGAAACAGAAGGCUGAGGUUGGACACACAGGGUUUGAGAAGGGCCAGCACAUGGAACCAUCACCCCUUUAGCUCCAGGUGAGUGCAGAAGGCUGCACUCGCUGGGAUGCAGCUCAGUGGGUGCCUCUGAGCCACAGAUCCAAAGGUUUCCAAGCCCAGUGGGGCCAGGACAGGCUGGGGGGGAAGACAGGGAGCAGGGCUGCACCAGGGAGGCUUGAGGGACCAAGUGGUGCCCAGCAUCCCUCCCAGGAUGGCACCACUGGCACAAGCCACCCUGGCCCAGGGCUGACACCUGGGGAGAGAGCAGGAGGGCAGGUGGGGAGCUGGAGGGAGCCCAGCUGGCACCCAGGGCACCCCCUGCUCCUCUGGAGCUCCCACCAAGGGGAUGUGCUUGUCACAGAUACAUCGGUCCUAUGUUCAAGUGUCUGCAGAAAGUGAAACUGUAAACUACUCCUGGAAACGCUGCCCUCCAGCCACCCACUCCACACCACCGAGAUGAACGUUUGCUUAGAAAAAGAAAAAUGAAAGAAACUCUUUUAUCUGUUACCUGUAUUGGAAUCUUUAAAAAAAGUCAGUGAGGCAUUUAACAUCAAGUGUAACAACUCUCUCAGGAAGAGCCCAGCAUCCAUUUCAAAACAGUGACAAGUGACAUAACCAGCCUCAGAGACAGGAGACAUUAAGCAUUGCAAACACAGCUUGCUACAUUUACAGUUUUCCUUUUUUUUUUGUUUGUUUUUUUUUUUUUUUUCCUUUUGAUAAAAUAACUGGGAAGGCAUUAACAGCUAGAAGGCCCCCUCUGCACUGCCACGUGGAACAUGGCAGGACACUGAGGUUAAACUCAUCAGUUUGUUACAGUACAACAAUCAGUCCCCAGCAGGUGCCAAAACUCAGGGACCCCACGGGCUACAGUGACAAGGUGCCAUCAGAGGUGCCAGGGGGCAGCAGAAGAGAUGGACAGGCAAAACCAGAGCAGCAGCAUCAUUAUUUUUUAAUUUUUUUUCCCAAAUGAGCACGGCAAAGCAACAAAGCCUCCUCAGAAACACACCUUCCACCUCCACUCUG